AUGAAUCAGUUCACUCCUGGCACAGUUCCCCGGAUGUGAACAAAGCAAAAUAUCAUACGAGCUUCACUCAUAUAGAGCUUCACUGAAAGUCCUUCGCUCUGCUAAAUUCCCCUGAUUUGAAUAAAGCUACCUUGAUAUCUACAGUUACCACCCCUAAUGGGGCUCCUGGGGUAAAAUGUGGUCUGACAGCAGGCAAUGUAGAUGUAGAAGCACAGUGGCUUGGAAAAACUCUCUAGAAAGGCAGGAACCUAGGAAGAAACCUAGAGAGGAACCAGACUCUGAGGGGUGGCCAGUCCCCUUCUGGCUGUACCGGGUAGAGAGGAACCAGGCUCUGAGGGGUGGCCAGUCCCCUUCUGGCUGUACCGGGUAGAGAGGAACCAGGCUCUGAGGGGUGGCCAGUCCCCUUCUGGCUGUACCGGGUAGAGAGGAACCAGGCUCUGAGGGGUGGCCAGUCCCCUUCUGGCUGUACCGGGUAGAGAGGAACCAGGCUCUGAGGGGUGGCCAGUCCCCUUCUGACUGUACCGGGUAGAGAGGAACCAGGCUCUGAGGGGUGGCCAGUCCCCUUCUGACUGUGACCGGUGGAGAUUAUAAGUACAUGGCCAUUAAGGCCAGAUCGUUCUUCAAGAUGUUCAAACGUUCAUAGAUGACCAGCAGGGUCAAAUAAUAAUCACAGUGGUUGUAGAGAGUGCAACAGGUCAGCACCUCAGGAGUAAAUGUCAGUUGUUUUUUUUAUAGCCGAGCAUUCAGAGGGGGAGAGAGAGAGAGAGCAGGUCUGGGACAAGGCAGCACGUCCGGUGAACAGGUCAGGGUUCCAUAGCCGCAGGCAGAACAGUUGAAACUGGAGCAGCAGCACGACCAGGUGGACUGAGGACAGCAAGGAGUCAUCAGGCCAGGUAGUCCUGAGGCAUGGUCCUAGGGCUCAGGUCCUCCGGGAGGGGAGGGAGAGAGAGAAUUAGAGGGAGCAUACUUAAAUUCACACAGGACACCGGAUGAGACAGGAGAAGUAUACCAGAUAGGACAGACUGACCCUAGCCCCCCGGCACAUAGACUAUUGCAGCAUAGAUACUGGAGGUGGGGAGACACUGUGGCCUGUCUGACAAUACCCCCAGACAGGGCCAACCAGGAAGGAUAUAACCCCAGGAUAGAAGGAGUGACACAGCCAUUCUCUUCUCUACUUUGGGCCAGGAGAGACUGAAAUGCAAACUGUUGACGUCAGCCCUCUGUGAACAUCGAAGGGCAAGACGUGCUGCUCUGUUCUGAGGCAGCUGCGGCGCUCUGUUCUGGGGCAGCUGCGGCUUUCCGAGGUCCUUCAUUACAGCACCUGACCAUAUCACUGGGCAGUAGUCAAGAUAUGAUCAAACUAGGCACUGCAGGACUUGUUUUUUAUUUUUUACAAUUUAUUUUUAUUUAACUAGGCAAGUCAGUUAAGAACAAAUUCUUAUUUACAAUGACGGCCUACACCGGACAAACCCGGACGACGCUGGGCCAAUUGUGCGCCGCCCUAUGGGACUCCCAAUCACGGCCGGAUUGUGAUAUCGAACCAGGGUCUGUAGUGACGCCUCUAGCGCUGAGUUGCAGUGCCUUAGACCGCUGCGCCGCUCGGGAGCGUUUGGUCCAGUGUGGUGUUAAGAAUGCUCAGCAUCUCUUUAUGACAGACAGGCCUCUCCUCAUCUCCUCACAUUUACAGUCUACGGUGACACCCAGAAGUUUAGUCUCCUACUUGCUCAACAGCUGCAUCAUUCAUUACCAGAUUCAGCUGAGGUCUAGAAAUUAGGGAACUAUUUUUUUUACCAAAUGCAAAUGCUUUUAGUCUUGGAUAUAUUCAGGACUAGUUUAUUACUAGCCACACAUUCUACAACUCAUUGUUUAGAGUUGUAGUGAUUUCACUAGCUGUGGCUGCUGACUUGUAUAUUGUUGAAUAAUCAACAUGCAUAGACACACAGGUUAAUGUGUUGAGAGAAAUGGAUACACAGGUUAAUGUGUUCAGAGAAAUAUCGUUUUUUUUUCUACGGAGAGCCGGCUACCUGCCGCGCAAAGGUUGCUUUACCAUUCUUGGGUAGUGGAAUGACUUUAGCUUCCCUCCAGGUCUGAGGACAAACCCUUUUCUCCAGGCUCAUAUUAAAGACAUGACAAACAGGAGAGGCAACAUAGUCCUCUACCGUCCUCAGUAGCUUUCCAUCUAGGCUGGCAAUACUAGAUGCUUUCUCAUUACUGAUGGACAACACCUCAGUAGCUUUCCAUCUAGGUUGUCAAUACUAGAUGCUUUCUCAUUACUGGUGGACAACACCUCAGUAGCUUUCCAUCUAGGUUGGCAAUACUAGAUGCUUUCUCAUUACUGAUGGACAACACCUCAGUAGCUUUCCAUCUAGGUUGUCAAUACUAGAUGCUUUCUCAUUACUGGUGGACAACACCUCAGUAGCUUUCCAUCUAGGUUGUCAAUGCUAGAUGCUUUCUCAUUACUGGUGGACAACACCUCAGUAGCUUUCCAUCUAGGUUGUCAAUGCUAGAUGCUUUCUCAUUACUGGUGGACAACACCUCAGUAGUUUUCCAUCUAGGUUGUCAAUGCUAGAUGCUUUCUCAUUACUGAUGGACAACAAUAAUGUUUCCACUUUUCCCACACUAACUUUACAACAUUUAAAUUUACAGCGCUUUUAUUAUUUUAUGAAUAUGAAUUUGAUGGCUCACAGUUUGUUGUUGGCAUUUCAAGCCUGAGUUUUGCCCACUUUGCCAAUGAAGUAGUCAUUAAAAUAAUUGGCAACAUUGAAAGAUUUUGUGAUGACAGCGAUCUGAUUUGAUGAAAGACAGAGUUGAAUUAGUCUUACUGCCCUUCAUUUCAUUGGGCGUGGUAGUGGGUGCGGCCAAUGGCGUGGGUGUGGCCAACGGCGUGGUCCAAACACAUAUGGCACCUUCAAAUGGGCGGGACUAGAUACAUAAAGUGCUUUCAUUUAAAAACUGUAAAACGGAUAUGUAUGAAAAUACCCUCAAAUAAAAUAUGACAUUCUGUAAUGUCGCCUCACAUAAAACAUUUGAUCUCAAAUCCAAAAUGCUGGAGUAUAGAGCCAUAUUCAAAGUUUUAGCUUCCCUGUCCAAAUAAAUUAGCAUGGAAGUGUAUUGUUCCAUAUUCUCUAUUUGUUUACUGACAUCCUAUUUCCUGUCUGUCUCUCUGCCCUGUCUGUCUGUCUCUGCCCUGUCUGUCUGUCUCUGCCCUGUGUCUGUCUGUCUCUGCCCUGUGUCUGUCUGUCUCUGCCGUGUCUGUCUGUCUCUCUCUCUGCCGUGUCUGUCUGUCUCUUUUCCGUGUCUGUCUCUGCCCUGUGUCUGUCUCUGCCCUCUGUCUGUCUGUCUCUGCCCUCUGUCUGUCUGUCUCUGCCGUGUCUGUCUGUCUCUCUCUCUGCCGUGUCUGUCUGUCUCUCUCUCUGCCGUGUCUGUCUGUCUCUUUUCCGUGUCUGUCUCUGCCCUGUGUCUGUCUCUGCCCUCUGUCUGUCUGUCUCUGCCUGCUGUCUGUCUCUGCCCUCUGUCUGUCUGUCUGUCUCUGCCCUCUGUCUGUCUGUCUCUGCCCUGUGUCUGUCUGUCUCUCUGCCCUGUCUGUCUGUCUCUCUGCCCUGUCUCUCUCUCUGCCCUGUAUGUCUCUCUCUCUGCCCUGUCUGUAUGUCUGUCUCUGCCCUGUCUGUCUGUCUCUCUGCCCUGUCUGUCUCUCUCCUCUCAGUAUCUCAGUUCUGGCUGAUGAUGAUGAUGAUGAAGAGGUGGAGGAUAGCGAGGGGCGGAGGGGGAUGGAGGUGAGGGCUCACAAGGCGUCCCACACCAAGUACCUGAUGAUGCGUGGAUACUGCGUUCCCGGGAUCGUCAACCUCCGAAACCUCAACACCAACGAUAGUAUCGUGGUGGAGUCCUGCACCAUGAGGCUGCAGCUACGCCACACACCUGGACACACACUGUUUAUUACCCAGGGUAGGGACACACACCUGGACACACACUGUUUAUUACCCAGGGUAGGGACACACACCUGGACACACACUGUUUAUUACCCAGGGUAGGUACACACACCUGGACACACACUGUUUAUUACCCAGGGUAGGGACACACACCUGGACACACACUGUUUAUUACCCAGGGUAGGGACACACACCUGGACACACACUGUUUAUUACCCAGGGUAGGGACACACGCCUGGACACACACUGUUUAUUACCCAGGGUAGGGACACACACCUGGACACACACUGUUUAUUACCCAGGGUAGGGACACACACACCUGGACACACACUGUUUAUUACCCAGGGUAGGGACACACACUUGGACACACACUGUUUAUUACCCAGGGUAGGGACACACACCUGGACACACACUGUUUAUUACCCAGGGUAGGGACACACACCUGGACACACACUGUUUAUUACCCAGGGUAGGUACACACACCUGGACACACACUGUUUAUUACCCAGGGUAGGUACACACACCUGGACACACACUGUUUAUUACCCAGGGUAGGUACACACACCUGGACACACACUGUUUAUUACCCAGGGUAGGGACACACACCUGGACACACACUGUUUAUUACCCAGGGUAGGUACACACACUGUUUAUUACCCAGGGUAGGGCCACACACUGUUUAUUACCCAGGGUAGGUACACACACUGUUUAUUACCCAGGGUAGGGCCACACACUGUUUAUUACCCAGGGUAGGUACACACACUGUUUAUUACCCAGGGUAGGUACACACACCUGGACACACACUGUUUAUUACCCAGGGUAGGGACACACACCUGUACACACACUGUUUGUUACCCAGGGUAGGGACACACACCUGGACACACACUGUUUAUUACCCAGGGUAGGGACACACCUGGACACACACUGUUUAUUACCCAGGGUAGGUACACACACCUGGACACACACUGUUUAUUACCCAGGGUAGGGCCACACACUGUUUAUUACCCAGGGUAGGUACACACACUGUUUAUUACCCAGGGUAGAUACACACACCUGGACACACCCUGUUUAUUACCCAGGGUAGGGACACACACUGUUUAUUACCCAGGGUAGGGACACACACCUGGACACACACUGUUUAUUACCCAGGGUAGGUACACACACCUGGACACACACUGUUUAUUACCCAGGGUAGGUACACACACUGUUUAUUACCCAGGGUAGGUACACACACUGUUUAUUACCCAGGGUAGGUACACACACCUGGACACACACUGUUUAUUACCCAGGGUAGGUACACACACUGUUUGUUACCCAGGGUAGGUACACACACCUGGACACACACUGUUUAUUACCCAGGGUAGGGCCACACACUGUUUAUUACCCAGGGUAGGUACACACACUGUUUAUUACCCAGGGUAGGUACACACACCCUCACCUCUAUCCUUCUCUCUCUGUCUCUCUCUCUCUCUGUCUCUCUCUCUCUCCUCUCUCUCUCUCCUCUCAGACUCUCCUCCCCUAGACUUCUCCAGACAGGGUACCUCUCUCCUCCCCUCCUUACUCACCCAUUCCCUCAGUGCCCAUCCCCCCUCCUCCCCUUCUCCCUCCUCCUCCCCCCUCCCCUCCUCCCCCUCCUCCUCUGUAGAGGGGUGUGAGGGGCGUCUGGUGACUCAGAGAGGGUAUAACCCAGAGGACAUUGGGGCUGUGGCAGAGCUCAGAGCAACGCUGGAGAGACACGGAGCCUUCGGAUUGGACAGACAGGACCUGGUGACAUCACACACACACCUGGCCGAGCCCAGAGACGGGCGUACUAGAGGGCUGCAGCAGUACAUACAGGUAGGGCUUAUGGAGGCACACUGAAACACACACAAUGUGAACGCUAUUUCAUUAGGAGAAGUUUGUAGUCGCUUUCUCUUCCCGUCCUGAAACACUCCUCCCUAAUUGGUCUCCUUCCCUGUCUAUACUGAACCUCAGCUCUGUGAUUGGUUCAUGUGUCUUUUUCUCCUCUGUGAUUGGCUGUAGGACCUGCUGGAGGAAGAGCUGGUGUUGGAGGUGGGAGGGAGCUCAGUGCGUCUGGUGUUGUUGAGUCACGCUGAGCCCUGGCUACUGACCUCCACCGAGAGGCAGAGAGACCGGCCCCACCGAGGGGCCUCCGUCCUGGGGGACAGAGAGCACCACAACCCCCUCCUCCGCAAGAGAACCAUGGAGGCCCCCAGAGAGAAGGAACCACGGAGGAAGAGAGAGAAAAGAGAAAUGGUGAUGGAGGAAGAGGAGGUUGAGAAGAGUGGAGAGAGGACACCUGAGGAAGAAGAGGAGGAUGAGGAGGGGAAGACGAUACAGCCUAAAGAGAAAGACAGGAAUGAGACAGCGGAGGAGAGAGGGAUGGAGAGAAGAGAGGAGUUAGAAGGAGAGAGGGACGGAGAGGAACCAUUAUCUACCACUGAGACAGAACAGAGCACAGGUGAGACUACAGCUGACCCUGUUAACCAGACCUCUGAGACUACAGCUGACCCUGUUAACCAGACCUCUGAGACUACAGCUGACCCUUUUAACCAGACCUCUGAGACUACAGCUGACCCUGUUAACCAGACCUCUGAGACUACAGCUGACCCUGUUAACCAGACCUCUGAGACUACAGCUGACCCUGUUAACCAGACCACUGAGACUACAGCUGACCCUGUUAACCAGACCUCUGAGACUACAGCUGACCCUGUUAACCAGACCUCUGAGACUACAGCUGACCCCGUUAACCAGACCUCUGAGACUACAGCUGACCCCGUUAACCAGACCUCUGAGACUACAGCUGACCCUGUUAACCAGACCUCUGAGACUACAGCUGACCCUGUUAACCAGACCACUGAGACUACAGCUGACCCUGUUAACCAGACCUCUGAGACUACAGCUGACCCUGUUAACCAGACCACUGAGACUACAGCUGACCCUGUUAACCAGACCUCUGAGACUACAGCUGACCCUGUUAACCAGACCUCUGAGACAGAGCAGAGCACAAGUGAGACUACUGUGUGUGUCUCCUAUGUGUGUUGUGUGUGUGUGUCCUGUGUGUGUGUGUGUCUCCUAUGUGUGUUGUGUGUGUGUCCUAUGUGUGUGUGUGUGUGUCUCCUGUGUGUGUGUGUCUCCUGUGUGUGUGUGUCUCCUGUGUGUGUGUGUCUCGUAAGUGUGUGUGUGUCUCGUAAGUGUGUGUGUGUCUCGUAAGUGUGUGUGUGUGUGUGUGUGUGUCUCGUGUGUUUUUGUGUAACUGGUGUGUUUCAUCGUGUUUUUAUUUUCCUCAGAGGGCGACGGUGAGAAGCCAUCUUCAUCUGUAGCUGAGGAAGAUGAUGGUGAAGCUAGCGGUCUGCGUGAGGAAGAGGAUGGUAGCAGCGGUAACAGCGGGCGCGGUGGGAGUGACGUGUCGUUCAUCAGUCGUCCGUGGCGUAUCGUGGACGGCAGUCUGAACAGUCCGGUGUGUAAAGGCAUGUUGGAGGCAGUUCUGUACCAUAUCAUGACCCGACCCGGUUUACCAGAACACACCUUACUGGAACACUACAGAGGAGUCCUGCAGCCUGUGGUGGUGCUGGACCUAGUGCAGGUAGGAACAACACACACACCAUGUACACACACCAUGCACACACACACCAUGCACACACACCAUGCACACACACCAUGCACACACACCAUGCACACACACACCAUACACACACACACCAUGCACACACACACCAUGCACACACACCAUGCACACACACACCAUGUACACACACCAUGCACACACACACCAUGCACACACACACCAUGCACACACACACCAUGCACACACACACCAUGCACACACACCAUGCACACACACCAUGCACACACACACCAUGCACACACACCAUGCACACACACACCAUGUACACACACCAUGCACACACACACACACCAUGCACACACACACCAUGUACACACACACCAUGCACACACACACCAUGCACACACACCAUGUACACACACACCAUGCACACACACCAUGUACACACACCAUGUACACACACCAUGUACACACACACCAUGUACACACACACCAUGCACACACACACCAUGCACACACACCAUGCACACACACACCAUGCACACACACACCAUGCACACACACCAUGUACACACACACCAUGCACACACACCAUGCACACACACCAUGUACACACACCAUGUACACACACCAUGCAAACACACACCAGGGCCGUGCACAGACCUUUGGUGUGGCAGGUGCAAAGAAAUAUAUACAUAAACAUAGGCCUUUAUUCCAAGUUUCUACUACUCCUGUAGCCAAAUUCAUCAUGUUUUUAAACAUAGGACUUUAUUUUUUGCACAAAAAAAUGGCCAAGCAAGCUAGAACCACAGAUAAAGGGAGUUAGAAACCACUGCUUCUUUGCUAGAACCACUACUGGGGUGGGCUAUAUCAGCUGAUCAUCUCUAAUGUAGUCUAGAUGAAUCAGCUAGUUAGAUAUAUCAGCUGAUCAUCUCUAAUGUAGGCUAGGUGAAUCAGCUAGUUAGAUAUAUCAGCUGUAUCAUCUCUAAUGUAGGCUAGGUGAAUCAGCUAGUUAGAUAUAUCAGCUGUAUCAUCUCUAAUGUAGGCUAGGUGAAUCAGCUAGUUAGGGCUCUAUCACACUAUACUAGAACACUACAGAGGAGUGUUGCAGCCAGUGAUUCUAUUAGGACAUGUCAUACUGGUAGGAACAUUCACCUGUCAGUCACUAACCACACCCCUUCACAGGUGGCACCUCACCUGUCUGUCACUAACCACACCCCUUCACAGGUAGCACCUCGUCUGUCUGUCACUAACCACACCCCUUCACAGGUAGCACCUCGUCUGUCUGUCACUAACCACACCCCUUCACAGGUAGCACCUCGUCUGUCUGUCACUAACCACACCCCUUCACAGGUAGCACCUCGUCUGUCUGUCACUAACCACACCCCUUCACAGGUAGCACCUCGUCUGUCUGUCACUAACCACACCCCUUCACAGGUAGCACCUCGUCUGUCUGUCACUAACCACACCCCUUCACAGGUAGCACCUCGUCUGUCUGUCACUAACCACACCCCUUCCCAGGUAGCGCCUCGUCUGUCAGUCACUAACCACACCCCUUCACAGGUAGCGCCUCGUCUGUCUGUCACUAACCACACUCCUUCACAGGUAGCACCUCACCUGUCUGUCACUAACCACACUCCUUCACAGGUAGCACGUCACCUGUCAGUCACUAACCACACCCCUUCACAGGUAGCACCUCGUCUGUCAGUCACUAACCACACCCCUUCACAGGUAGCACCUCGUCUGUCAGUCACUAACCACACCCCUUCACAGGUAGCACCUCGUCUGUCAGUCACUAACCACACCCCUUCACAGGUAGCACCUCGUCUGUCAGUCACUAACCACACCCCUUCACAGGUAGCACCUCGUCUGUCAGUCACUAACCACACCCCUUCACAGGUAGCGCCUCGUCUGUCUGUCACUAACCACACCCCUUCACAGGUAGCGCCUCGUCUGUCUGUCACUAACCACACCCCUUCACAGGUAGCGCCUCGCCUGUCUGUCACUAACCACACCCCUUCACAGGUAGCGCCUCGUCUGUCAGUCACUAACCACACCCCUUCACAGGUAGCGCCUCGUCUGUCAGUCACUAACCACACCCCUUCACAGGUAGCGCCUCGUCUGUCUGUCACUAACCACACCCCUUCACAGGUAUCACCUCGUCUGUCAGUCACUAACCACACCCCUUCACAGGUAGCACCUCACCUGUCUGUCACUAACCACACCCCUUCACAGGUAGCACCUCACCUGUAAGUCACUAACCACACCCCUUCACAGGUAGCACCUCACCUGUCUGUCACUAACCACACCCCUUCACAGGUAGCACCUCGUCUGUCAGUCACUAACCACACCCCUUCACAGGUAGCACCUCACCUGUCUGUCACUAACCACACCUGUCCCACACUAUACUAUAAUGUUAUAGCAGUUUUAUGUUCCUCUUUGUGAAAAGUGGAUUUAAGUGUACAGGUCUCAAAUUACCACACACUCCUCCACAGCUAACAUCACCAGUUCUGGUCAGUUUCACUCAUGUUCAUCUCUCCCUCUUCUUCCUUGUACCCCUCUCCUCUCUCCUUCUCCUCUGUUCCUCCUCUCUCCCUCCUCCUCUGUUCCUCCUCUCUCCUCCUCCUCUGUUCCUCCGCUCUCCUCCUCCUCUGUUCCUCCUCUCUCCUCCUCCUCCUCUGUUCCUCCUCUCUCCUCCUCCUCUCCUCCUCCUCUCUCCCUCCUCCUCCCCUCCUCCUCUCUGUUCCUCCUCUCUCCUCCUCCUCUGUUCCUCCUCUCUCCUCCUCCUCUGUUCCUCCUCUCUCCUCCUCCUCUGUUCCUCCUCUCUCUUCCUCCUCUCUCCUCCCCCUCUGUUCCUCCCCCUCUGUUCCUCCUCUCUCCUCCCCUCAGGCCCUGGUAGAAUUGGGCUGUAUUAAGAGGAGGUACGUGAGCAGACGUCCAAAACCCUCCCUCUUCUCCUGCCCAGCCACCUUCCUGGUGGAGGAGGAGAGGGCGAGAGAGACAGGGGUGAGGCUGGGUGAGACUGCGGUAAGACCGGCUGAGACGACCACUGUGUUCUACGAGCCGACCAUCGACUGCUGUCUGCGUCUAGGACAGGUUUUCCCCCAUGAAAACAACUGGAACCAGUGGGUCCAGUUCGCACAACAUGAGAACAAACAGUAGGGAGUUUUAACUGAUCCGGGGUGUGUUCUUUAGCGCACACCGUAGUGAAACUUUUUAGGCCGUAGCAAAACAUUUUGCAACUGAAAAAUGUUUUCGCAAACAAAAACAACAGUUUCUAUUGGAAAAGUUAAAGGAGGUCCCUCGCCGUUUCGUUCCCUUUGCUUCUGUUUGGUUCCAUUUAGUUCUUAGUGAAUAGACCCCAGGACUGCUAGGGACAGGAGUUUUACUUGAUCAGGACUAAUAGGGCCCAGGAGUUAGAACAACAAGUUGCUUCACAGUGGGUAACCAAGGAUCUUUGGUUCUGGUUCUUAAUUACUCUUACCAGACAACAAGAUUUUAUUUUAGCUAAAAAUUAUGUUUCAGUUCUGGUUUUACAGAGCUCUGGGAAUUCGUUUCACAUCUUAUAUUUCUUUGAUUUGGGAAAACCUGUUGUCAUGGUUUCAUGUAAGUUGUUUUGUUAUCGUUUUCUUGAAAGUGUGAUUUAAUAAAAUUAAAAUCUUGAAAUGUGACUCUUGAUUCUUUUAUCUAAGAUUUAAAGUUAUUCUGAUUUGUAAAAAAAGAGAACAGAAUAAGUCACUUUUUUUAAUAGUUGAUCAACAGACACAAAAUGGAAUAACUUUAUCAGUCAUAUUUGCAGUUAACACAGCAUGAAAAUAGUCAAUUCCUCUCCAAGCUUCCAUCUACUGUUAAAUAAUAUUUAUUUAAAAAUAUAAAUAGUUAUUCAAAUAGUUCCUCUUCCAAAGACCAAGUUAAUCAGUAGAACAAAUAACACAACAAAAUGUCAUUUACAGUUUCAAUAAUGCCCUGUUAUUGGUUCAUUAAUGCUGUGUUUUUGCACGUUCCCGUUUUAGGCCGGGAUUCAAUCCGAUCACGCUGUAUCAGCAAUGCACCUCUUAAAGGCACUGGGGAGUUUAACUAGUCUGCAUGCUUGAUGAAGUGAUGUGCAGUAGAAUUGAUAUAGCUUAUUUGCGUAGUCAAAAAGAUCAGAUCAGGAAAACCUCAUGUUAAUGCAAUGUGUAACCAGGGUCAUAGAUCCUUUUUGGAGAAAGGGCAUCAGCAAGGUUAGAACCACUGCGCCAGUAGAGGGGGAGGGCACCACAUUUGGUUUUUCACAUAUAUAAAGAUGUUUUAGUCAUUUUAGAACGUUAUUAGAUUUAGAAAUGUGAUUUACUUAAGAAUGUUGGAAAACAAAAGUCUCAUCCGGGAUUCAAACUGGCAACCUUGUGGGUCGCAACCCGUGCCCUCCAACCUACCACCCGUACAAGGGCCUUUUAUAUUGGACUCUCGCCUGUAAACUCCGCCCACUGACUUGUCACUUUAACCUCUGCCCACUGAGCUUUCAUCCAACCACUCACAACAGCUGGACUUGAUAAAGUGACCGUUGUUCUUGCAUCCAUUUUGAUGGAGCCCUUUUGUGUAGUAAAGUGUGAGCGAAAGAGAGAUUAUCUAGACGUCCGUGUGUUUAUCUGGAGAUGAGGGAGCUGCUCUGUGAUUGGUCAGAGGAGGUUGUGACGCCGCUCAGCUGGGAGAAUCCGCUGUGACACGACUCUAGACUGGUCAUGGAGCCUCUGGAAAACACACACUGUCAUUACAGCACUGGAGUAGGUAGCUUAGCAACACCUGUCCAGUAUGUAGCUAACAGAAGGGCUAGGUCAUCAUUACAGCACUGAAGUAGGUAUAGUGGGGAAAAAAAGUAUUUAGUCAGCCACCAAUUGUGCAAGUUCUCCCACUUAAAAAGAUUAGAGAGGCCUGUAAUUUUCAUCAUAGGUACACAUCAACUAUGACAGACAAAAUGAGGGAAAAAAAUCCAGAAAAUCACAUUGUAGGAUUUUUAAUUAAUUUAUUUGCAAAUUAUGGUGGAAAAUAAGUAUUUGGUCAAUAACAAAAGUUUCUCAAUACUUUGUUAUAUAUCCUUUGUUGGCAAUGACACAGGUCAAAUGUUUUCUGUAAGUCUUCACAAGGUUUUCACACACUGUUGCUGGUAUUUUGGCCCAUUCCUCCAUGCAGAUCUCCUCUAGAGCAGUGAUGUUUUGGGGCUGUCGCUGGGCAACACGGACUUUCAACUCCCUCCAAAGACUUUCUAUGGGGUUGAGAUCUGGAGACUGGCUAGGCCACUCCAGGACCUUGAAAUGCUUCUUACGAAGCCACUCCUUCGGUGCCCGGGCGGUGUGUUUGGGAUCAUUGUCAUGCUGAAAGACCCAGGCACGUUUCAUCUUCAAUGCCCUUGCUGAUGGAAGGAGGUUUUCACUCAAAAUCUCACGAUACAUGGCCCCAUUCAUUCUUUCCUUUACACGGAUCAGUCGUCCUUGUCCCAUUGCAGAAAAACAGCCCCAAAGCAUGAUGUUUCCACCCCCAUGCUUCACAGUAGGUAUGGUGUUCUUUGGAUGCAACUCAGCAUUCUUUGUCCUCCAAACACGACGAGUUGAGUUUUUACCAAAAAGUUAUAUUUUGGUUUCAUCUGACCAUAUGACAUUCUCCCAAUCCUCUUCUGGAUCAUCCAAAUGCACUCUAGCAAACUUCAGACGGGCCUGGACAUGUACUGGCUUAAGCAGGGGGACACGUCUGGCACUGCAGGAUUUGAGUCCCUGGCGGCGUAGUGUGUUACUUAUGGUAGGCUUUGUUACUUUGGUCCCAGCUCUCUGCAGGUCAUUCACUAGGUCCCCCUGUGUGGUUCUGGGAUUUUUGCUCACCGUUCUUGUGAUCAUUUUGACCCCACGGGGUGAGAUCUUGCGUGGAGCCCCAGAUCAAGGGAGAUUAUCAGUGGUCUUGUAUGUCUUCCAUUUCCUAAUAAUUGCUCCCACAGUUGAUUUCUUCAAACCAAGCUGCUUACCUAUUGCAGAUUCAGUCUUCCCAGCCUGGUGCAGGUCUACAAUUUUGUUUCUGGUGUCCUUUGACAGCUCUUUGGUCUUGGCCAUAGUGGAGUUUGGAGUGUGACUGUUUGAGGUUGUGGACUGGUGUCUUUUAUACUGAUAACAAGUUAAAACAGGUGCCAUUAAUACAGGAAACGAGUGGAGGACAGAGGAGCCUCUUAAAGAAGAAGUUACAGGUCUGUGAGAGCCAGAAAUCUUGCUUGUUUGUAGGUGACCAAAUACUUAUUUUCCACCAUAAUUUGCAAAUAAAUUCAUUAAAAAUCCUACAAUGUGAUUUUCUGGAUUUUUUUUCUUCUCAAUUUGUCUGUCAUAGUUGACGUGUACCUAUGAUGAAAAUUACAGGCCUCUCUCAUCUUUUUAAGUGGGAGAACUUGCACAAUUGGUGGCUGACUAAAUACUUUUUUUCCCCACUGUAGCUUAGCAACACCUGUCCAGUAUGUAGCUAACAGAAGGGCUAGGUCAUCAUUACAACACUGGAUUUAACAUGAUUAACACACUCAUUACUGUACGCUAAACCACUUACUAUUAAAACACACGUUACCUGAAAUCUUGGGCGGCCACUACCUCUGUGUAGAACAUGACAGUGGCCCAGUGUGUAGAGACCUGUACACCUGUUGUCAUUACAUCUCCCCCCUGAUGUAAUGACAACCCCGAGACACAGGGGGCGCCGCGCCCACCACCUCCACUCACACCAACCCUCCACUGCAGGAUGUACACACCUGGCCACCGGGUGACGUGGGAGCCCUGAGGGAGGAGGGGAAGGAGGUGAGAUGGAGGAAGGGGAGGAGAGAGGAUAUUGACGGGAGGACGAGCGAGAUGGAACUGUCACCUAUACAAUCUACCUCCUGGUCAGAGGUGUUAUCUGUGGAAGUGUUGCUUCUACCUCCAGGUCAGAGGUGUUAUCUGUGGAAGUGUUGGUUCUACCUCCAGGUCAGAGGUGUUAUCUGUGGAAGUGUUGCUUCUACCUCCAGGUCAGAGGUGUUAUCUGUGGAAGUGUUGCUUCUACAUCCAUGUCAGAGGUGUUAUCUGUGGAAGUGUUGCUUCUACAUCCAGGUCAGAGGUGUUAUCUGUGGAAGUGUUGCUUCUACAUCCAGGUCAGAGGUGUUAUCUGUGGAAGUGUUGCUUCUACCUCCAGGUCAGAGGUGUUAUCUGUGGAAGUGUUGCUUCUACCUCCAGGUCAGAGGUGUUAUCUGUGGAAGUGUUGCUUCUACCCACCAGGUCAGAGGUGUUAUCUGUGGAAGUGUUGCUUCUACCUCCAGGUCAGAGGUGUUAUCUGUGGAAGUAAUUGCUCCUACAUGUCCUCAGGUAAGUACAGGACAGUACAGCUGUAACAGGCGUCCCUGUAGUUCUUCAACAGCUUCACUGCAUCAAGUCAGUUACUGGAGCAUUCUGGCUCAGGGAGAGUUAGCUGUGUGUGUGUUGUGUGGAGGUGGUGUGUGGGUGUUCGGCGAGGAGGAUUUCCUGAACUGUCUCUCUACACUGAGAGUGAUCCACCAACUGUAGUCCCCAACCAGCCUCACAUGUAGCCCCCACUUCCAUUGGAACGUUUCAAGCUGGGGAGUGAGGUUAGCUGUGUGUGUGUGUGUGUGUGUGUGUGUGUGUGUGUGUGUGUGUGUGUCGGCGGCAGGAGGAUAUUGUUACCUGUAUACUGUCUCCCUCCCUACAGCUGAGAGGUGACUCCACCAAACUGUAGUCCACCCCCAGCACCAGCUACUCUCCAGCAGCUGGGUGUUGUGGACUGAGCCGGUCUGCCCGUCAGGUCUGGGGGGGCUGGGCUGGGGGGGGCUGGUCAGGUCUGGUCUGGGGGGCUGGGCUGGGUGGGGGCUGGUCAGGUCUGGUCUGGGGGGCUGGGCUGGGGGGGGCUGGUCAGGUCUGGUCUGGGGGGCUGGGCUGGGGGGGGCUGGUCAGGUCUGGUCUGGGGGGCUGGGCUGUGUUCAGAGGGGGGCUGGUCAGGUCUGGUCUGGGGGGCUGGGGCUGUGUUCAGAGGGGGGCUGGGAUGGCUGGUCUGGGGUGCGUUUGGAGUGGUAGAUAUUAAAGAUCAGAUCCCCUUUCAGAACAUCAAAGUCCCAGGUGAUCACUGACGAUCCCUCCAAGAUCUCUAUCAUGAUCUAG